GUCUCUUUUUCUCAAAUGUCCUUUCUCUUUAACUUCGGUCAAAGGGCCGUUUUGAAUUCCGUGACAAUACGUGGUUCAAUUAAGCCCUUGUUUUAUAAUUUUAAUUUUAUUAAAUCUUUUGGUACUAAAAUAACACAUCAUUCAUUAUUAACUAAUUAUACUACACAAAAAAAUGUAUUUCAAAUUUCGUCGCUUAAUACGCGUUUCACAAUAAAACCUCCUAUUGGUACUAGUUCUAAUAAUAAUUUUAUUCGAUUUAAAUCGUAUAAAAUGAAAACUCAUUCAGGAGCAAAGAAAAGAUUUCGUAUCUUACGUAAUGGAAAGUUUAAAAGAUUUAAAGCCGGAAAAAGACAUUUAAAUACGGGAGUUUCACGUUCUAAAAUUAGACUUUUAAGUAAUCCAGCAUAUUCGCAUCCGUCUCAAAUGAAUCAUUUAAAAAAACUUAUGCCUUAUGCUUAAGACAAUAGGAAUAAAAUAGGGUUCCUAUUUU